UGUGACGCUGCUCACAGCUUUUUGCUUCUUGACUCAACUCAUCUCAGAAGCUUUGCCACCUUUUUCUUGAUAUUUCAGGGAUAGUGAUAUUGUGUUUUAGAAGAAAUGGAGAACUGAGAAGUUAAGCGACAUAGCCCUCCCUUCCCUCUGCACUGUGCCGGUCCUCUUUUCCUCUCCUCCCCCCCCCCCUCUCUCUACAUAUCCUCCGUCUGGUCUUAGCGCUGUGCAGAAGCUGUGGGGAUGAAUGCAGACGGAGACAGAUGGUACAGUAUAGUUAGUGUACUAGGAACUGAGGGUGAAGGAAAGAGUUCUGUGUCUCGCUGGACUGGAAUAGGCUGAGAGAGGAGAGUGCUACCUGGUCAUGGGAUGCUGUAGUGUGACUCAGAGAGGAGCGCAUUCCGGGAUUGACGAUGUGGGCCCUGAUGAGAUCGAGCUCCUGGAGAUUGACAACUCAGGGAUAUGGAGUCUAGGAGAGAGCAGGCUUCAGCUCUCUGUGAGGAAUGGAAAAGAUGGUCCACCCUCUCGCUACCCUUCAGUGAGACACCUCAACCAGGAGGUUGUGCUAUGGGGCAGGAGCAGAGAGGAGCUACACCACAGAAUCUACAACCAGCCUAUCCGUGAUUGGGAGGGCCAACCUACACACAUGUAUGGAGAGAUAGUGCACUCCUCCCUGGUGUCUCUCCACAACAGCUACACACAGGAGACACGUGAACACUAUCUGGUGCUUUUCUCCUUCCACUUGUUGAUCCUAUCUCUGGACCACUCUCACCAUGACUUUAUCUAUGAGGGCAUGCUGCCUCUCUCUGGACUGUCUUUCCAAGCCACCUCACUAGCCUCCAACUCGCAAACCGUGUUCCAGAUCAGUGGUCCAAUGGUGGACUCCAAAGUAUUCACCUGUACCAGUGCAGCAGAGAUGAACAAAUGGAUACACCACAUGGAGGAGAGGAAAUACAAAUCCAUGAGCCAACUGCUAAGCCCCUCCCACUGUGCACUGUCUUACCUGGUACCCUGCGAUGAGAUCUGGAAGAAAGAGGAACUGAAAACGUAUUUACUGCAAGCCCCAAUUCAGCAGUGGGAAGGGGCCCCCAUCCAGCACAUGGGCCAGCCUGUAUACAUAUCCAUGGUCCACAUCAUCAACACACAGAGACAGGGACUCCAUCAGCAACUUCUGGUACUCUUCCCUCAAGAUGUCCUCCUGCUCUCUGUGGAUAACAAGUGCCUCAGUGUCAUAUAUGAGGGUAGAUUGCCUCGGAAAAGCAUCACAGCAGUGGAGAGGUCAGCAUUACCUGGGAGGCUGGAGUUCGAGUUAACAGGUGAACUGAUUGAGCCGCUGCAGGUAUCUUGCGCCUGUCCUGAAGAAUAUCAGAACUGGAUCUUCCAGCUACAACAGCCGGAAAAAAACCUCCAAGCUACCUCAAACCACCCGGAUCCACCCCUCAUGCCAAAAAAACAGAGGAGCAGAAAGGAGUCCCAGGAACCAAUGAUAAUUGCACAUUAAUGAGACUAACUGACCAAUGGCCUCACAAAAUAGAAGACUCAUGCCUCUUUUCAUCAAUAGACACUAUAUUUGUGGAUAUCAUGUAUACAGGUCCUUUAGAAAGUAUUCAUACCCCUUGACUUAUUCCACAUUUUGUUGUGUUAUAGCCUGAAUUCAAAAUUGAUUAAACAUAUAUUUUUUCCUCACCGAUCUACAUAAAAUAGCUCAUAAUUACAGUGAAAACAUGUUUCUAGAAAUGUUUGCCAAUUUACUGGAAAUGAAAUACAGAAAUAUCUCAUUUACAUAAGCAUUCACACCCCUGAGUCAAUACAUGUUGGAAUCACCUUUGGCAGCUGUUACAGCUGUGAGUUUCUCUGGGUAAGUCUCUAAGCGUUUCGACACAUGGAUUGUAUUAUUAUAUAUUUUUUAAAUUAAACUCUGUCAAAGUGGUUGUUGAUCAUUGCUAGACAGCCAUUUUCAAGUAUUGCCAUAGAUUUUCAAGCCAAUUAGUCAAAAUUGUAACUAGGCCACUAAGGAACAUUCAAUGUCAUCUUGGUAAGCAACUCCAGUGUAUAUUUGGCCUUAUCUUUUAGGUUAUUGUCCUGCUGAAAGGUGAAUUUGUCUCCCAGUGUUUGUUGGAAAGCAGACUGAACCAGUUUUCCUCUAGGAUUUUGCCUGUGCUUAGCCCAAUUCCAUUUAUUUUUAUCUUAAAAAACUCCCUAGUCCUUGCUGAUGACAAGCACACCCAAUAACAUGAUGCAGCCACCACCAUGCUUGAAAAUAUGGAGUGGUACUUAGUGAUGUGUUGAAUUUGGCCCAAAUAUAACACUUUGUAUUCAGGACUUAAAAUACAUUUCUUUGCCAAAUGUUUUGCAAUUUUAUUUUAGUGCCUUAUUGCAAAAAUAUGUUUAUUCUGUACAGGCUUCUUUCUUUUCACUCGGUCAUUUAGGUUAGUAUUGUGGAGUAACUACAAUGUUGUUGAUCCAUUCUCAGUUUUCUCCCAUCACAGCCAUUAAACUCUAACUGUUUUAAAGUCA